GAGCAUUACGUUAAUCAGAAACAAAAAAAGAAAAUAGGUGUCUAAUCCCUUCCAUAUUUAUGAACCCUACAAAAUCCAAAAGCAAAAACAAAAAAGAAUAAUAGUAACAAUACCAAGCCUCUCACCCUCAGUUACAGAACUUUCAUGGCUUUUUCUGUUAUUUUAUAUUCCAACUUCCCAAAGAUUGUGAGCAUCCAAAUCAAACCAAAAUAUUUAUUAAAUCAACUGGUUUCAUGGGAGGGACCUAAAUUUUUGAAUUUUUCAAGUUUCCAACUUUCCAAGUCCAAUUCUUUUUCUUCUUUGUGGGGUCCUCUUUAUGUUUGAGCACCGCAUAUGACAGCCUAAAUCAACAGCCUGGAAAGGGUGAUUAAUGGUUACAACCGCACUAAAAGGCAGAAGCUUGAUGGGUUUUCAUGGUGGGAUUCACGUAGUCUGUGUCAACUGGGUUUUCUCUUGGCGCUGACCCAAUUCACUCUGCUGCGGAUUGUUCCCAUUUUUCACUUCCAUUGAGGGUUUUGUUGAGUUGAUUGAUUUGGUCUCAUUUGCCGUUGAAGAUCUGGUUUUUCAGAUACGGUGAAGAUGAAACUUGUAACUUGGGUAGCUUUGUUUCUUGCUGUUGUUGUGUUCAUGAGUUAUAGAUCAUCCGCUUCAUUCACUCCUGUCGAUAACUACUUAAUUGCCUGCGGUUCUCCGAAAAAUGUCACAUUCCAAGGUCGAACCUUUGUUCCCGAUACACAACAAUCUUCCCUUGUACUAAAGACUGCAAAUUCUUUAGUUGCCAGCCCCAAUGCUAAUGCCCCUUCUCCAAUUUACCAAUCUGCUCGAGUUUUCCAGGCAACAGCUUCUUACAAAUUUAAAGUCCAGCAAGAAGGCCGGCAUUGGGUCCGCCUUUACUUUUUCCCUCUUACAAGCCCUGGCCAAAACUUGGAUUCUGCUCAAAUGACUGUAGUUACUGAAAAUUUUGUACUCUUGAACAACUUCACUUUCAAGAACUAUAACGGUUCUUAUCUGUUCAAGGAGUAUGCAAUUAAUGUAACUUCGGAUACUUUGACUCUUAACUUCAUUCCUUCAAACAAUUCAGUUGCUUUUGUUAAUGCAAUUGAAGUAGUUUCUAUCCCGGAUGCACUGCUUCCUGACCAGGCAUAUGCUGUGAAUCCAUCUGCUCCUUUUAGUGGACUUUCUGAGCUUGCCCUUCAAACAGUUUACCGGUUAAACAUGGGGGGCCCUUUGCUCACAUCUCAAAAUGAUACCCUUGGAAGAACUUGGGAGAAUGACGUGAAGUACCUCCAUGUGGACAGUUCUGCAGUGAAUGUAUCGGUGAACCUUGCAAGCAUAAAAUAUCCGCCUACUGUCACACCUGAAAUUGCCCCAAAUUGGGUCUAUGCCACAGCUGAAGCCAUGGGAAAUGCAAACGUGCCCAAUGUGAACUUCAACAUAACUUGGGUCUUUACAGUAGAUCCAAAUUUUAUGUAUCUUGUUCGGGUACACUUUUGUGAUAUUGUCAGCAAAGCUCUGAAUAAUCUCGUUUUCAAUGUUUUCAUAAAUUCUGACAAUGUGCUUGGUAGUCUUGACCUCUCUUCGAUUACUGGUGACUUGGGUGUGCCAUAUUACAAAGACUUCAUUUCCAACUCCACAGAAGAUGCAGGUACUUUGACUGUCAGUGUUGGUCCAGAUUCAUCAGCUGAUAUUACCAAUGCAAUUCUGAAUGGGUUGGAGAUUAUGAAGAUCAGCAGUGAGUUGGGGAGCUUGGACGGGUCUCUAUCCGUGGGGAAUCUUCUUCCUAGUCCAUCCUCAAAGAAGAAUAAUAUAGGAAUCAUAGUUGGCUCUGUUGUGGGAUGUGUUGCUGUUGUGGCAAUUAUUGGUUUCCUUUAUUGCUGCUUGGCAUCCCGCAAGUCGAAGACAACUAACCAAGCGACAUGGCUGCCCUUGCCCUUGUAUGGAAAUUCUCAGACCAUGACAAAAGUGUCUACAACUUCACAAAAGAGUGGAACAGCUAGCUGCAUUUCAUUAGCCUCCUCCAAUCUUGGCAAAAUCUUCAUGUUCCAGGAAAUCCUGGAUGCAACCAAUAAGUUCGAUGAGAGCCUCCUUCUUGGGGUUGGUGGUUUUGGCAGGGUUUACAAGGGAACACUUGAAGAUGGGACUAGAGUAGCUGUCAAAAGGGGAAACCCCAGAUCUGAACAAGGUCUUGCUGAAUUCCGAACUGAGAUUGAAAUGUUAUCCAAGCUCCGCCACCGCCACCUUGUGUCUCUUAUUGGCUACUGUGAUGAAAGGUCAGAAAUGAUUCUUGUCUAUGAAUACAUGGCCAAUGGACCCCUCAGGAGCCAUUUGUACGGAACAGACCUGCCAACGCUCUCAUGGAAGCUACGCCUUGAAAUUUGCAUUGGGGCUGCAAGAGGGCUCCAUUAUCUCCACACUGGUGCAGCUCAAAGCAUAAUUCACCGAGAUGUGAAGACAACAAACAUUCUCUUGGAUGAGAACUUUGUAGCCAAAGUUGCUGAUUUUGGCCUCUCAAAAGCAGGUCCAGCUCUAGAUCAGACCCAUGUCAGUACAGCUGUUAAGGGUAGUUUCGGUUACCUUGAUCCUGAAUACUUCCGAAGGCAACAGCUCACGGAGAAAUCUGAUGUGUAUUCGUUCGGGGUAGUUCUAAUGGAAGUUCUGUGCACAAGACCAGCUUUAAAUCCUGUUCUUCCAAGGGAGCAGGUCAACAUAGCAGAGUGGGCGAUGACAUGGCAGAAGAAGGGCAUGCUAGACCAAAUCAUGGACCCAAAUCUGGCGGGGAAGGUAAAUCCAGCUUCUCUGAAGAAGUUCGGGGAGACAGCUGAGAAGUGCCUUGCUGAGUAUGGUGUUGACCGGCCAUCAAUGGGAGAUGUCUUGUGGAAUCUUGAAUAUGCUCUUCAGCUCGAGGAGACAUCAUCUGCACUCAUGGAACCUGAUGAUAACAGCACAAACCACAUACCUGGUAUCCAAUUAACCCAAGGAGAGCCAUUUGAUAACAGUGUGAGCAUGAUUGACGGGGGACACUCCGGCGCAGAUGACACAGAAAAUGCUGCUACAAGUGCUGUGUUUUCUCAGCUUGUUAAUCCUCGCGGAAGAUGAGGUGACAGAACCUUUGCCUAUCUGAAUCUUGUUCCCUAAUGUCCCCUUAAAAGAUAUCGGUCAUCCUGGCCGCAGUGAGGGAAAAAGUUCUUUCGUAGUUCAUUAUUCUAGUUUACUACCUCAAUUUUUCUAUCACAAUUUAUUUGUAAUAUAGUUAUGGUGGGUGCCAAUCAGAAUCCCUCAGAAAUUACAGGGGAGGUGCCAAAGGAUUUUGUUGUUGUCUUGAUAUAUAAAUGCAUCUGGGUUUCAGAGCUUCCCAUUCUAAAGUA